AGACGCUCCCACCAUGCAGUGUGCCAAAUCCACUGUGUGGCACACAGGAAGACGUCCGGUGGUCAGCGGAGAACUGGACUUUUUCACGACGUUUUGUGGAGACCAAUAAGACAAAACACAGCAUCGUCUCUCGCUGGCUCGUCGCUCUCCUUCCCCUUCUCCCCCGGUGAGACUCGGAUCCCCCCAAAACCCUGCGCUGCAACCAUGGUGGUCAUGAAGAUGAAGUUCCCCUUCCAAAAACGGGUGAAGCUGGCACAGGGACUGUGGCUCCUGUCCUGGUGUGCCACGGUUGCCGGGGCCACGACCUUUACCCUGGGGUGCCUCCUGAAAACGGAGCUGCGCAGGAGAGCGGAGGUAAUGGCUAACACAGACAUACAUAUCGUGCCCAACACCCUCAUGAUUGUUGGGCUGGCGUCUUUGGGCAUCAACUACUUUGCCUCGAAGAUCUGUCAGGACGCCUUGGACGCCGGCCGAUUCCCUCGCUGGAAGAACUUCCUGAAGCCCUACUUCGCUGUCUCGUGCUUCUUCACCGUCCUCAUGCUGCUCGCCAUCAUCAUGAGCUAUGCCAUGAAGGGCAGCUUGGAGUCUUCGCUGAAAGCCGGCCUGCGGAAUGGCAUCCGCUUCUACAAGGACACGGACACCCCGGGCCGUUGCUUCCAGAAGCAGAACAUCGACCGCUUACAGAUGGAGUUCCAGUGCUGCGGGAACAAUGACUUCAGGGACUGGUUUGAGAUCCAGUGGAUCAGCAACCGCUACCUUGACUUCAGCUCCACGGAAGUGAAAAACCGCAUCAAGAGCAACGUAGACGGACGCUACCUGGUGGAUGGAGUCCCGUUCAGCUGCUGCAACCCCAGCUCUCCACGACCAUGCAUCCAGUAUCGCCUGACCAACAACUCAGCUCACUACAACUACGACUACCAAACCGAGGAGCUCAACAUCUACCUUAGAGGCUGCAGAGAGGCCCUGGUCAACUACUACAUGGGUUUGAUGAACACCAUUGGAGCUGGAGUGCUGUCCAUCUUCCUCCUGCAGGGCUCCGUUCUGGUGAGCUUGCGCUUCCUGCAGACUGCCAUGGAAGCAGUGGCCGGGAAGGAGAACACGGAGAUCGAAACCGAAGGGUACUUGCUGGAGAAGGGAGUGAAGGAAACCGUCAUGGAGUACCUCGAUCCUGUGCUCACGUUCCUGCUGCUCAAAAACAAGGUGGAAGAAGGGACAGCCGGAGAGACGACCACUGCGCCCGCCUAAACUAAACCGCACACCCUGUAUAGACAUGUAAAUAAUUUUUACAGAGAUCAUUAUUUAUUUCAAUUUAAAAAAAAGGGCAAUUCAAACAAACAAAUGUCUAUGAAUCUCACAAGAUUAGAGAGUGGGGUUUUUUUUAUUGUCAGUUGGACGAUGCCAGAUAAUUCAGAAUGGUCUUCAAAUUAAAACUCCACCCAGGAACCUUCAGUACAAAUAAAAGAAGCACAAAAGUUACAGUAAAAAUAAAAAAAACCAAAGAAUUUUCUAGGAAUAUACAUUGUCAAAAUAAAGUACCACUUUUUUAAAUUCCUUUCUACUUUUUCCUGUUGCGACCUGUCCGUGACUGGUAACCCGUCACUGUUGUUCUGUGUUUGUUUGUUGCUUUUGAAAGUGAUCUACCAUUUGCAUUCUUACGACCAAAAGCAAUAAAUCAGUAUUUGAUGAGGCAGUGUACACAGAUGAUUUUUGUGGACUUAUGAAAACAGAGAUGUAAAGCUGACCGUAGAGAGACAUGAGGCGCAAUGCUCUGCUGCGUAACAGGACUAUGACAUAAUUUAACAGAUGACUUAUUAAAGUUUGAAGUUACUAAAUGCC